AAAAACACAAAGUGACUUUUUCGUCUGGGCUGCCGACAUGCCAUCCAGACUGAGGAAGACCCGGAAACUUCAGGGCCACGUGAGCCACGGCCAGGGCGGCAUAGGCAAGCACCGGAAGCACCCCGGAGGCCACGGUAAUGCUGGUGGUGUGCAUCACCACUGGAUCAACUUCGACAAAUACCACCCAGGCUACUUUGGGAAAGCUGGUAUGAGGCAUUACCACUUAAAGAGGAACCAGAGCUUCUGCCCAACUGUCAACCUGGACAAAUUGUGGACUUUGGUCAGUGAGCAGACACGGGUGAAUGCUGCUAAAAACAAGACUGGGGCUGUUCCCAUCACUGGUAUAGUGCGAUCGGGCUACUACAAAGUUCUGGGAAAGGGAAAGCUCCCAAAGCAGCCUGUCAUCGUAAAGGCCAAAUUCUUCAGCAGAAGAGCUGAGGAGAAGAUUAAGGGUGUUGGGGGGGCCUGUGUCCUGAUGGCUUGAAGCCACGUGGAGGGAGAUUCAUUAAAUGCUGGCUACUUUUAAAAAAAAAAAAAAGAAAAAAAACACAAA